UUUUUUUAUUUUAUUUUUAUUUGCAUAUGUUUGUCAAGUUUCAAAUAAGGAGAAAUUUAUUUUAGAGGAAGUCGUUUUCAUUUAUAAAAUAUUUAACUCUCUGAUUUGAUAAUCCAAAAAUGGGCAUUACAAUAUAUGGCUACUUAAUAUAAACUAAUUACUAUAUUUUGUUUCCGUGAUAUAAAAUGUAAAUGAUUCAUAUCCUGAUAUUUGUUUUUGGUCAUAUCGCUCACCUCUACUCACCAUCCACUUUCAUUGAGUGCAAAAAGCUGCAGUAUCCCUUUAACCCCUGCACUAUAAAUAAAGUGAAUGAUGGUGUAAUUCCACAGUUCACUAGCAGAUGUCAGUGUGUGUGUGUGUGUGUGUGGAGCAGCGGAAGUGACAUCAGCUGCUGUGUUUACACACACACAUAGCUGUCAGCUCAGUCGUGCACUUCCAGCUGGCUCCGGGCGCAAUGAUUUACCCAAAGUAUCCCGACACAGUGAGAUUUCAGAAGGUUUAUUGCUGUUUGGAGAGAAGAAUCUCAUGUUUACUUUCUUGUGAGAGGAAGUGAGAUCCAGAAAGAUGGCAGGUAACGGCGGGCAUCUCAGCGUGAGGCACUGGACUCCGAAGCACGUGGGCCGCUGGCUGCGCGAGGAGGGUUUCUGCUGUUACGUGGACCUGCUGUGUAACAAACAUCGUCUGGACGGCACCAGUCUGCUGACGCUGAGCGAGUACGACCUGCGUUCCCCUCCGCUGGAGCUCAAGGUACUGGGAGACAUCAAACGGCUCAUGGUUUCUCUCAGGAAGCUUCAGAAGCAGAACACUGAUGUACUAGAAGAGCUCGGACUUUCCUACGACGGACACUCGCCUCAGAACAACACAGGUGGAGUGGAUUGGUUGUGUAACGGCGGCGACUCUGUGCGUGAUUGUAACGCUGUAUUGGACUCUCUGAGUGGUGACCAGUAUCACCAGUACAACAACGGCAAAUACAAGCAGCAGCCGCGGAGACUGGACCCGGAGUACUGGAAAACCAUCAUCAGCUCCGUCUACGUGGUCUUCGUCUUUGGUUUCACGUCAUUCGUCAUGGUGAUCGUACAUGAGCGAGUGCCAGACAUGAGGACAUACCCACCACUACCUGACAUCUUCCUGGACAGUGUACCCAGAAUCCCAUGGGCUUUUGCAAUGGCGGAGGCAUGUGGCGUGAUCUUGUGCUCUAUUUGGCUGCUAGUGCUGCUGCUUCAUAAGCACUGGUCGAUUCUGUUGAGGCGGUUGUGUAGUCUCAUUGGGACAGUUUUCAUGCUGCGGUGCAUCACUAUGUUUGUGACGUCUCUCUCUGUACCGGGUCAACACCUGCAGUGCACUGGGAAGAUAUACGGUGACAUGUGGGCGAAGCUUCAGCGCGCCGUGGCCAUAUGGAGCGGGUUUGGAAUGACCCUCUCUGGAGUCCAUACAUGUGGAGAUUACAUGUUCAGUGGACAUACUGUCGUUAUCACUAUGCUCAACUUCUUUGUCACAGAAUACACGCCGCGCAGCUGGAAUUUCAUCCACACACUCUCGUGGGUUCUCAACCUGUUCGGGAUCUUCUUCAUCCUGGCCGCUCACGAGCAUUACUCCAUCGACGUCUUCAUCGCGUUCUACAUCACCACCAGACUCUUCCUGUAUUACCACACGCUGGCCAACACACGGGCGUACCAGCAGAGCCGCCGUGCGCGAAUCUGGUUCCCCAUGUUCUCCUUCUUUGAGAGUAAUGUUAAUGGACCUGUUCCGAACGAGUACUGCUGGCCGUUCACACGACCCAACUUACUCAAAAGGCUUAUUGGCUAACACACACACACACACACACACACACACACACACUUGCGUAAAUUCUUGCGUUGCCAUGAUGGACGUCAAAGCCUGCAUCGAACACGCACAUUUAUAAUCGCUUUCUCUGGUCGGUGUCAGUCUUCUAAAGGGAUUGGGAUCAAAUUUGCCCAUUAUUGUGGAUUUUUUGCAUAUUUUUCCACUGUGGAAACAGACGCGACCUUUCAUUCGGGUUUUAAGACUUUACUUUCUAGCCAGAAUCUGAAGCGGUCUUGGCAGGGAAACUUUUAGGCAUCUUAAAACCCUUCGCAUGGCACAGUUGGCAGUAUACAUUUUUCCUUGUUUCAUAAGAGUAGAUACUUGACAUGAUGAAGCCCUCAUUUCUUCCAAAGACAUUUCAACCUUGAAACAUUUAUGCAUUUGGCAGACACUUUUAUCCAAAGUGACCUUACAGUGCAUUUAAUACAGGGACAAUCCCCCUGGAGCAACCUGGAGUUAAGUGUCUUGCUCAAGGACACAAUGGUGGUGACUGUGGGGGUCAAACCAGCAACCUUCUGAUUACCAGUUUACCAGUUAUGUGCUUUAGCGCACUACGCCACCACCACCACCACUCGACUGAAACAUCUUAACAUUUUGAACUUCUCAUUUGUUUAUAUAGUACGAUAGAUUUGGUUUUGUCAGUAUUAGUAUCUGAAAAUUAAUUUUCUGCUAAAUUUCAUCCUAAAAAAAAAAAAAAAGGUGUCCUUGUUUCUGUCUUAUUUUAAAUGAGUAUAUUUGAAAAGUAAGUCUUGCCAAAACGUUGAAAUGCUUGAAUGAAAAUGAUCUUCUUUAACAGCGAUUGGCCCGUAUGUCUUUGUUUAUUUACAAAUGUCAUUUUUUGUUGUCGUUAAACAUUUAUGAUUUAUUUUGAGAUUUACUGUUGAUGGUUAAGGUGGCCAUAGUAACUUUGUGAAAGUUUACAAAAAAAUGUAAAUGACUUAAAUUUGAUGAUGUUUUUAUCUUAAAUGAUUUAUACUGUAUAUGGUGUAAAGGGAUGUUUAUAUCAGAAACGGGGCGAGUUUUAAUGAGGUUUUCUGUGUUGCGUUAUUAGGAUUUUAAUAAAAAAUAAAUUAAGUGUUAAUGCAUUGAAUCGAGUAAUCUUUAUAGAAAAAUAAUGAUAUAAAAAUAGAGUAAAAUAAAAAAAAUUACAAUUUUACUCAUUUUAAUUUUGUACCAUUUAAUUUGAUGGAAUUUUGAUAUGAAACUGAAAUGCGUAAAUCUUAAAAAUAGGCUCAUUUUUUUUUUUAUUAAUAUUAUUAUUUAGUUUUUUAGUGUUGAGCACAGAGAGUUGAGCGUUGGAUUUCAUGUGUGUUUUUAAUGGAGAAUUCAAUUACUAUUUGACAUUUCCAUCUUUUAAAGUGUAUAAUAUUACAUUUAAAGUGUUUUAAAAUUUAGGCAAAUGAAGGAUAUUAUUAUAAAAGCUGGCUUGGGGGAUUAGGAAUAUAGUUAGCCUCUUUAUUUAGUCUUCUGUCUCGCCAAAUAAUUGUGAUAUUUAUACUUAAUUUUUAAAAGGUUCAAUCAAUGCAUAUGUAGCAUACUCCAACAUCUGUAGUGUUACAAGUAACAUUAAUAUGACAGAUACAUGCUCAUCGUUGGUCAUGUUGACAUUGUGCAGUGCUUGAAAAUGCCAUUCAGCCUCUCAUGGACUUUCUUUUGUGUUUUAUUAGACACAGAUGGGAUUUAGGAUGAUGUAGACAUGUUUGAGUAUGCUCAGUGUAGAACACCACGUGUCUGCCAUUAUCAAUAACAUUUAUAAGUUAAAGUGCCGUUUCUGUACUUGCCAAACUGCAUUUUUUGCUUGUAAUAGUAAAUAAACAAUUAAAAUUGUGCUUACUAAAGCAGAACUUCAGAUUCACCGUGGGUUGGUCUGUUUCUGCACAGGUGUCUCGGUUUAUUGUUUACAUAUUUUCCAACAAAUGUAUUGUUACGCUGUAAAAUCAUAAUUAAAAUGUGAUCUCGUUUAAAUCAUGUUAAUAACACUUGGAUAUUAGUAUUAUAUAUUUGUUGUCACUGUCACUCAUCUGGGGGGGUCUGGGUAUCUCAGCGAGUAUUGACGCUGACUAUCACACCUGGAGUCGCGAGUUUGAAUCCAGGGCGUGCUGAGUGACUC